AUGAAUGCAAGUGACACUUUUAAAGCUUUGAGAGGCAUUCAAAUAUUCUUAGUUUUCCUUUGCUUAUUGCUAGAAAUCGUUGAGUACUCUUCAUUUGCCGAUUUCUAUGCCGAACAAGGCUACGACCUUUCAGCUUAUUUCAACGGUAAAAUAACAAAAUCAAAUAAGCAAGGUGUUGAUGAAGUUUAUUUUAAUGGAGUAAAGAUUUUGUAUUACAUUGUUAUAUCUUUAACUAUAGUAGAUGGGUGUUUUUAUUUAAUGAGAAAACAUAAAGGUCCAUUAAAACGUGACAUCUCCGUCAAAACGUUUUUCACGAUAUUAUGGUUUAUUUCCGGGAUCGCAAACGUCUUUCCAUCAUUUCAAGGUUACGGGUAUAAUUGUUCGGCUGCUAAUGACGCUAGAGCCCGCCGCGAGUGUCAGAUUAAUGUGACGAGCAUAACAAUUGGUUGGAUCAACGCUUUUCUUUUCUUUUUGUCAACUUUGGUAGCAUCGAAAUUUUGGAAACAAAGACAGGAACUUUAUGAAGGUGAAAGAAGAGUUGAAGCUUUGGGUGAAGUGGUUUAUAAAUAUAAACCACGUCCUAAUACGAUCGUUCAAAUUAAUGAACCUGAACAAGUUUUGAUCUACAAAUCUUGUGUUAAGAAAUGA